AUGCAACAAAUUGAAGUAUUAGAAAAUAGAUUACGUGAGCUAGAACAUUUAGUAUUUGGAGUUAAUAAGCCUGUGAAGAAGCAUGUACCAAGUGAACAAGAAAAGAAUUUAGUUGAUCAGCUGUACACGUUGUACUCUGCGAUGUCGACAGCUGAAAAGCGUCCAGUCAGUGGGAAAUUAUUGUCGAGGGUUAACGAGAUUCAAAAGUACACCGAUCCAAAUUUUAUGGAAGACGAUGUCCUGUUGACCAUGUCAAAGAUUGAAAUCAUUUUAGCUCAGGAAGAGCUAAUAAAAAAAAUUGGAAGUGAUUUGGAAAAAAUUUCAAAGCUCCGGGAUUGUUUAAAUCAUCCAGCAUUCAGUGAUAUAAGCACAUUGAAGAAGAAGUUUGAAGAAUUGCGUAUUGUCUACAAUGAACAAAGUGAUGUGUCGCAGCAGUUGAUAUCAGAUACGCAGGAUUUAGUGAAUACCUAUCAAAGUUUCGUACUUGAUGCAUCUAAAUUAUUCCUAUAUUGGAAUCAACGUAUUGCAGAGUUAG